GUGUGUGUGUGUGUGUCUGCAACCUUCAGUCUUGUGUUUCUGUUGCCCCUUAUCAGGUCCAGAGGAACCUAAAGUGGUUCUGCCUUCAUUCAUUCAUUCAUUCAUUCAUUCAUUCAUUCAUUCACACUGAUGGUGAUGAGCUACUGCAUAGUAGCCACAGCCUGACCAGUUUCCAGAUGUUCUUCCUGUUUCAGUUUCCUGGAUCGUUUCUGUCACGAUGAGGCUGAGAGGAUCCAGGUUUUAAACUUUGACCUCAUCUGGCUCUGGGAUGCGGUUGCCAUGGUAACCCCUGCAGCUCGGUGACGCCGCAGGGAGAAGAUGAAGAGGAGAUCUGGGUCUGAUCAAAGAUCAACAAACUAAACCUUCCUCCUCCUCCUCUUCCUCCGGUCAGUAAAUCCAGAUCGGAUUGGAGGGAAAUUGGUGGCAAUUAAUCCUCUGGGAUUGAGAAGAGACCCCCCCCCCCCCCCCCCCCCCCAAUUCCCCCCCUACCCCGCUGGUUCUGGCUCCUGAUUGGCUGCCGCCGCGGACCCGGGGGCCCGGGGCCGCAUAAAUUCCUCCCGCCGGGUUCCGGUCCCGUUUUUCGACCUUCAUCUCUCCUCUUCCUCAGCAUGACCGGCCGGGAGGAGCUCAGCGAGGACAAGCCCAGGGUGCGGAUGCUCUCCCCGGGGUUCGGCAUCGACAAGGCCCGGCUGCACGGCUCCGGGUUCCGGUCCAAAGGCUUCGCCAUCACCGACCUUCUGGGCCUGGAGUCGGACCUGGCGGCGCGCCAGCAGCCCGCCGGGCCGCCGGGCUCCGGACCGCCCGCCGCGGGCUCCGGGACCGCCGCGGAGCCUCCGGGCCCGGCCGGCGGCCUCGGCGGCUUCUCGUUCCCGGGCGGGUCGCUGCCGCUCGGCCUGGGCUUCCUGUGCAGCCUGGCGGCGCAGCAGCCCGCCGGGGCGCCGUGCUUCCUGCCGGGCCACCUGCCGCUGCUGCAGGCGCGGCCGGACGGGCACUACCUGCAGAACUUGGAGGCCCAGCGGGACCAGUACUCAGAUGAAGAGUGUCUGUCGGACCGAAACGACUCGAAAAGCUCCGGAAACUCCCAGAAGAGGAAGAAGAGGAGACACCGCACCGUCUUCACCUCCCACCAGCUGGAGGAGCUGGAGAAGGCCUUCCACGAGGCCCACUAUCCGGACGUCUACGCCCGGGAGAUGUUGGCCAUGAAGACGGAACUGCCGGAGGACCGGAUCCAGGUGUGGUUCCAGAACCGGCGGGCGAAGUGGCGGAAGCGUGAGAAGUGCUGGGGCCGCAGCAGCGUCAUGGCGGAGUACGGUCUGUACGGCGCCAUGGUCCGCCACUCCAUCCCGCUGCCGGAGUCCAUCCUCAACUCGGCCAAGAACGGCAUGAUGGGUUCCUGCGCCCCCUGGCUGCUCGGUGAGCCGCAUGCACGUAUGCACAAGAAGUCCCUGGAGAUGGCUAAGAAAUGCUCCAGCCCGCCGCCGCCCGACCCGUUCUGCGACGCCCUGCAGCGGGGCGCCGAGGGGGCGGGGCUUCCGGAGGGGGAGGAGACGGAGGAGGAAGAGGAGGAAGAGGAAGAGGCCAUCGACCUAUCCAGCUCUGCCAAACAGCCGCAGCAGGAAGAGGGCGGGGCCUCCGCAAGGACCGCCCCCUCGCCACAGCAGGGGAGCAGCGGCGAAUCAGAGGAACACAGCUGAAGGUGGGCGGGGCCUGCUCGGACUGUAAUCUGAUUGGCUCUUCCUUCAUGAGGAGGCGUCAUCUGUUGCCAUGCAAACCGGCCGCAUUAAGACGGAGUUUAUUUAUUAUGUGGCGUAAGUGAAGCAGGGCGGCCCCACCCACCCGGGAACCAAUCAGAGAGGAGUGGGCGGGGCAAGAGGAGAGGCUGAAAGUUCUGCAGAACCUGCAGAACUUCACUGGACCGGGUUGGACUCCAGAACUCCAGGACCCGUUUGGUUCUUUUCCCCAUUUUCUACCUGUGUUGGGAGGAAACUUCCUGUCUGUUUGUGUGUUUGGAGCUCAGAAUGUAAAAUAUAAACUAUACUUACUGUUUAUGGUUGUUCUUGAUGUUAUUAUUAUUAUUACUAAAUGUCUGUACAGCCAUUGGUCACCAGAGGGAAAAAUAAAAAUAAGAUAUUUUUGGAGCAUCUCAGACUUUGUGUCAUAAAUCAUGAUGAAAAACCAAGAAAUGGAUGGAUGAUGGUUGGAUGAUGGUUGGAUGAUGGUUGGAUGAGUCCUGUAGGAUGUCCAUCCAGCAUCCUUGUGUCCAGAAUCUCCAUGGCAACCAUCAGGCGUGUUGCUGUCCACUCUAUUAAAACAUCUUCAGGAUGUCUGCAGCAGCAGCCUGUUCAGAUUACCCAUAGUCAUGCUAGCCAUCCGCGCUGCCACCGCGUCGCCAUGGAGACGGCCAUAGAAAGGAGGAGUCCAGCUGCAGACCAGCUGUGAGAUCGUCCUGAUGUUGGUGACGUUCAGCAGCGGUUCCUGGAUUAUUGUUAUUGUUUUCAUGGUUCUCUCUAAUAAUGACAGGAGAUUUUCCACAACAGAUAAAGGAUUAAAAAUUAAAACGUGAACAAAACAAAGGAGAUUAUUGUUGUGUGGGUCAAUCUUUCUGUUAUCAUCUGUCAGAACAGGUCAACAACCGGAUAAAAAGCCUGGUUCUGUUCUGGUUCUGUGGAACCAGUGGAGAUGAUGAUGAUCUUCCAUAAAUCCACCCUGAGCAUCAGACUGCCUUCAGUCAGAGGCUUCUUCUCACGCCCUGUGACACAGACUGCUACAGGAGA